GGUUAGGCAGGUCGGACUGACAGUAGAGAACGGAAACAGCAUUUUGUUAUAGCUCGUAAAUGAAGGUUAACUUCGUCGCGAACGUAGUGAAGUCUGUAGAUAAGAACGAAGGCGAUGCCACAGCAGAACUGUCAACAGGAUCUCCGUAUUGGUUUACAAGUCUCGCGGUGAAUUAGCCAGGGACAAACAUGGCUCGCGUUCCGGCAGACGUGUGUUUUUCUUCGUGGUGAACCUACCUCUUUCUCUCUUGUUCCUUGUCCCUGUCUCUGUUUCGCCAGGCAGGGAUCCUCAACUUCGGGAGUGGUAAUAUUCAUGCAAAAGAACGUGAAAGAGGAAUAAUGGUUCAAUCGAGAGGAAAGUAAAAUCCUGCCGUCAUCCUGGCGCGUGGCAAACCAGGCCAGAGGCCUGGAUCCUCGUCCUCCUCGUCUUCGUCAACGGAGAGGCUGCAAAGGAUGCCAGGACCGGCGCAAGAGAGGCCUCGUGCGCAAAGACUUACCGACAUCGAGCCUCAGACGGCAAAAGGAUUAGGAUGUAAUCGAACGGACGAUUUCAGUACACCAGUCAGUUCUGGCAGCAACAUGAGCAGUAUAGCACGGUUUCCAAAGUUGGACGAGUGUGCCCACUUUCAUUACGAACAUGUUGAACUCAGUUCCUUGGAGGUUUCGCUUAGCGAAGGUACCAAUGAUUCAGACAGCUACGCGGUCAGAGUAACAUCCGGGGAUGCAUGCUGGACGCUGCAACGGUCUUAUGAUAAUUUUGUUAUGUUUGACAAGCAAUUGCAUCGCUGCAUAUUUGACAGGAAGUUCUCUUCCCUAACCAAGCUUCCAGAUACACGGCCAAAAAACACCUGUGAUAUACUGAGGGACUAUUUAAAUAGGUUCUCCCAGUUAAAUCAUGAAGGCCUAAAUUGCGGUCCUGUGUUAAAUUGGUUGCAGCUAGAUAAUAGAGGAAGAAGAAUCCUCGUGCCAGAGUCAGAUUCAUGCCCCAUUAAUACUCCUGCAGUAGCCGCGGCUUAUGCAGUUAGACCUUACGUGGCUCAGGCACCGGAUGAAAUCUCCUUUCAGGUCGGGGACAUGAUUUCAGUAAUAGAUAUGCCUCCUCCAGGGGAAAGUACAUGGUGGCGUGGGAAGCAUGGAUUUGCAGUCGGUUUUUUCCCAGCGGAAUGUGUGGCUGUGAUCGGGGAUAAAGUACCGCGUCAUCUGACCGUGUCAACGACAGUUAGAUCAAAGUUACCCGUGAAACCGGUGCUUCGAAAGCACGGCAAGCUAAUCGCCUUUUUCAGAUCGUUUAUAUUGAAUAGACCGUCUAGGAGACGAUUGAAGCAGUCAGGAAUUCUGAAGGAACGUGUAUUUGGUUGUGAUUUAGGGGAACAUCUUUUAAAUUCUGGUCAAGAUGUGCCUACUGUUUUAACCUGCUGCGCCGAGUUCAUAGAGAAUCAUGGUUUAGUGGACGGUAUAUAUCGUCUAAGCGGCGUGACAUCGAACAUUCAGAGAUUACGAAACGCAUUCGACGAGGAUCGUGUUCCUGCAUUGCAUUCCGAUGAAAGUAUUCUACAAGAUAUUCAUUCUGUGGCAUCGUUGUUGAAAAUGUACUUCAGAGAACUACCAAAUCCACUCUGUACAUACCAGCUUUAUUCUACUUUCGUUAGCGCGGUUCAGGCUAGUACCGAUGCGGAAAGAUUAAGGCGGAUGAGGGAUACCGUUAGAAAAUUACCACCACCGCACUACAGAACGUUAGAGUAUCUUAUGCGUCAUUUAGUGAGAGUCGCAGCUCGAGGUGCGGAGACUGGUAUGACACCGCGUAAUGUCGCAAUCGUUUGGGCCCCGAAUCUCUUAAGAUGCAAGGAAUUAGAAGUCGGAGGUGUAGCAGCGUUGCAGGGCGUCGGUGUGCAAGCUGUGGUCACGGAAUUUUUGGUCUGUUACGCCGAAUUAAUCUUCGGAGACGGUCCAGUUGGAAGACCAAAAUCGUUAGCCAUUACGACACCGGCAAGAUUGCUCAGUUUGGAAGAGGCUCGAAACCGAAGUCUACGAGGCGAGCCUGAUUAUGUGGAAGUGGGCGCUGGUCCAGCCGGGUUACCAUUACAUUACCAUACGGUCAUAGAAUUACCGCGGAAGAGAAACGGCUCGAAACGUUCACCCUCGUUGAACUGGAGAGCUUUGUUCGGUCGAGGUGGCUUAGGUGCCAGAGGAAAAACAAGACAAGUUGGCACGCCACCUCAAACAGAAACGGUGCCAAGUUCCUUAAACUCCUUACGACGGUUAAGACCGGUGAAAAGCGCAGACAGUUUGGACGGUGAGGACAGUUUAGGUCCUCUACUCGGACCACCACCAGCUAGACCUUGUGGACAUAGUCGAUCAGUCUCGCAUGAUUCGUAUUUCGAUCAUUUAGCGGAUGCACCGAAUACUGCUUCGCCCUUGGAUCUGUCAGAGAUACAGCUUAAUUUCGAUUUGGAGGAACGAGAGAUGCGAAUGUUUUCAGAGGAGGAAAGUGGAGGAGUAGCAUCGGUGGAAGCGUCACCGCGACGACAAAGAACAGAGGGAUCACAGAAUACCGCUGCUACCGGUGGAUCGAAAAGAAAGAGAUCGCGAUUAGAGGAAAGACUGCAAUGCGACGUUGAGUUGCGCUUCAUUGAUAGCCAAAGUCCUGAUCAGGUGAUGGUAUCUGCAGAUGUUCACAGCAUGGAUACCCCAUCUCCUCUGCCAACACCAGGGUAUCUUCCAUUAUUAUCCGAAGCUUCAACCCCACUCACACCUGCAACGCUACACGGGACACCGCAUUCUACAUCACCUGUACCAGCUAACAGUCCUAGGAUAAGUUUCCGAAGUUUCACUUUACCUUUAGACAUCGACGACGAACAAAGCAACGCGAACAAACUAAACAGAACUAGCGUGUCUUCCGAUAAAUCAUCUGACCCUAGUCAUAGGUUAUCCGUAAACUUAGAAGGACAGAGCAAUGCCAAGUCCUGUGAGAGGAUAAUGACAUACGACAAGCACGUAGAUUUGUACGAUGAUAAAGGAUCUUCCAAGACUCAAAAGACUUCGAAGGAAUCCAACUUAGUUGUAUCGGAUGUAGUCGACCAAGAGAUGAUGCCUUGCGAUAGGCUAAUGUCUCAUUCUAGCGAGAUAGAUUCUAGUAAAGUAAAAUCUCCGUGUAAAGAUGUAGAAAAUAGAUCGAGCUCGUGUCCCGUCGACGAGAAUAAAUCUCACAACGACAGCAGGGAUAUAUUAGACGUGCGAAAACACGAUACGCAAACGAACAAAUCGAUCGGUUCGCAGAAUGACGAUGCCAUGGCUGGAAAUUCAAACGCACAUAGAAAUGAAUUGCCAGGACUGCCAUUAUCCAGCACGACAGAUCUCGAUUCUCCGAUGUCAUGCGAACAAACCAUUGAGGAUAUACCCGAUUCCGGUUUUGUGAUCUGUGAUAACUCCGACAAGAUGUUUACCAAUACAGAAACAUCACAGAUAGUAUCUAAUGCUAACGAUUCUGGUGAAUGGGUGAUAGUCGAGACAACUGGCUCCAUCACCACACCGACCAGUGAAUCCAGUAGUUCGAAGGAUCCUUUGGAAGGCACUGUAAAUAAUGCAAUUGCAACAGAUGCUCCACAAUUAAGAUCAAUGUCAGAAAACGUUUCUAGAACUUCGUUGGAUCUUACUAUGGGCUCGACUGUGGAUACGGAUACGUCUUGUAUCGGUGUUAGUGACUUGACCGAAAGUCCUGUUCUGCCUCAGGAGUCUGCAGAGAUGUUUGAUGUCACUGACAACAGAGAACUUGAAGAACACGACGACAAAGCUUCCGUAGCAUUCGAUGACCAAACUAGCUUCGGGAUGGUCGAGUCUGGAAAUAAUUUUUCAAAUAUCGUUCACUCGCCUGUACACGAUCAGGAUAACGGAAAUCAGAAUAUAUGUACCGUCAACAUAACAGAUAUUCGUUUGAAUCAGAAAUCUGGUGAAAUGGAGCACGAAGUCACCACUUGUUACGCGCAACUAGAUAACGCUAAAGCGUUCAACAGAAACGAGAACCCAGUGAAGGAAAAGAAGGUCGUCGAAGAAGAAGUUUUCGAAAAUUCUCAACGCUCCUCGAGGAAUGUCGAUUUUCAGCAACAAGAAAUUCGACGUUCCUUGCAGUUGCAUCAGAAACCGCAGUUUCAAGCAGGCGAUCGCCGUUCGUUCUCUAAUCAAUCAAAGAAGAGCCAAGAUCUCGAUCAUUCCUUGACCAAUACGGACAACAAGAAACGCAGUCAGAGUCAAAAGCCAGAAAAGUGCCAAAGCUUCGAAUAUGUUUCACCAAAGGAAUCAGCUCAAAAUAGUCAGCAACACAAACAGUUCCCUUCACGUACCGAAGAGUCCUCGAAAUGCAACAAGGUGAAGAGCAAUCAACUUCAGGAGCACAUUGAACUAGUAAUACCAUCAGAGAACGCGGCAGAGCCUAGCGAGAUAGCUCAUCCUCCGGAGGGUGCAUCCGAGACAACAUCUCUAAAUUCAUCCUGUACGUUCUCAAAUGCAUCUUCUCCAGUGGAUGACUCCAUCGUUCUUCGAGACACAGCUGCUAUACUUCAAGAGUUAGCGUUGCAGAGAUUAUCCGGAGGUAUCGUAGGGGAUCUAUCUGUUCCUCCGAGAAGAAGGUACGAAGCAGAGAGUAACAAGGAUAGAAGAAGCUUCGAUUCUGAAAUUGGCAGGGAGAUAGUUCGCGAACGAAAGAUGAGACAGGAACUGGACUCUGCUCGAGGGAAGUCGGAAGAACCACCGGUGAAUAAUACUCAGCAUUUGCCGCCAUGCUUGAGAGCUCGUCACGCGAGGGCUACACGAGCGUCUCUCAGUCGAUCUUUGGACGAGGCAAAAUUUAACAAGAUGACGGAAGAAGCAUCGCUGCCCGUGAAACAGGCCACAGAGGAUGCUCAGCAUAGUUCUACGCCUAACGUUGGAACGGGUUCGAACAGUUCCUCGAGUAAUUCCGACAAAACGCAUUUAAAAAAUCUCGGCGGCUUGGACCUGGGCGAUCCCCAGUGCAGAGAAAGGAUAGAAAAGUACAAAGAAGAGAGGAGGACGUUCUUAAGAGACAAGUACAGGUCGGAAAGCUUUCGAGGUAUGCUAUCAAAGACGGAAGACGACGGAGAGCAGGCGCUUCUGGCUAGGUUAAAGCAGAGAGCCUCUAGACCCUCUCUUCAUUGAUAUUAAAAUAAUAUUUAUGAAAACGCUCUGUCAACCUCUUUUCCCCGCGUUGAAUAGAUGCCUCUGCAAUCGCGUCGCAUGAUGAAAUAAUGAUAUAUUCCAGUGAACUGCUCGUUCUAACGAUCAUUACGUUUAACCCUUUGCUCUCAACGACGUUUCUUCGAAUUACCACGAGGUACGUUUGUUUCUCUUUUCGCAUUUCUUUUUUUCUUUUUUGUUCCCUUUUAAAACUUCAAGCAAUUAGAUACGUAAACGCAUAUCGUUAGAUAUUCUGCGCGAGGAAAAAUGAAUCUCAGUGUUUUACGAUGCUUAUCGUAGAUGAUAAGGAAUUGACCAAACUGUAAUUUUAAAUUGAAAACGCGUUGAAGCGAAGGUCCAAUUUCAAAAAGCGUAUGCACGAGAUCGAAUUCUGAUCUACUUAUAAAGACGCGUAGAUACGUAUCGAAAAUUAUUCGUCGUU